AUGUCCUUCCAACAACUACAACAAACGAGUGACAUUACCAGUAAUACACAGCAACAACCGCCAGCUCAAGCAGCACCAAGCACGUCCGAUCAAGAGCCAUUGCCAGAUCCCAAUGUCCUAUGCGAUCUUGAGAAUGAAGUUGACAUCUCAUUCAUUGACUAUAGUCUGAUGGCCGAGUUGGAUACAUCAAUCCUAGGUUCAAAUGUUGGUGGGCUAAACAAUGUACAUUACGCUGAGCCCCUGUUGGCAACGGACUUUAUGUCAAUGAACGAUACAGAGGAUGACGGUCAGAGCAUGUCAGUCAUAGCGGUGACAACAAGUCCAUCAACGUCCAUUCCGUUGACCUCCUCAACGAUGUCAACCCAAUCAUCUUCAGCCCACCCAUCGACGCCAAUACCAAUGUCCUCCACAGUGUCGGAAUCCACAACCUCAACUUCCACGACCUCAUCUGGAAGCAAACGUAGUAUGGACCAUCAAGGUUCAGUUGACGAGGGACCAAAGAGACUACGUACUGGUGCACUACAGUCACAUGUUACCACAUCAUUACCAAGACAACCGCUCUACACUGACACCAGUCGCUUCUACAACGCAAUGUCGAAUACGACAGGAUCAGAAUAUUACGGCACGUUCUGGCCUUGCAAGAUUCUCAAGCAUCAAUACCUAGCGGAGGGUAAUACUUUUGAGUAUUACGUUCAGUACUACCAGAGAGACCGUAGAGCUCGUACUGAGUUGGUGAUGAUCAAGAAUGACAAGGCAUGGGUGUUGGAAUGCAACCUGCUACCUUACAGUCAUACAUCUAUUCCAGUCCCUUUUGAAGAGAUGUAUAGUCAGGUUAGGAUUACCUCUAAGGCAUAUAAGGAGAUCUUCAUGGUCAAGUGUCCAAAUGGUUAUUGGUGUCGAGGAAUACUCGUUGAUUGGCCUGUUGCUGAACGUAAAUCAAAGUUCCUCUCUGUUGUUGCAUCUCUGAUUGAUUGUGACAACAAAGAAAUAUUGGUACCAACUAGGCAGGAGAUGGUCCUUCGCAUAGACCAACUG